AGAUUUUCCAUUAUUAAAUUUGCACCUUACUUGCCUCAAAUUUAGCCCCGAGUCACUACACAUGAAAUUGUGAGAGAAAGUGAACAUUCAUAGGAUUAUAGUUUGGUGAGAGGUAGAGAGACAUGGAAGAAGAUGCUGGUAACUUGAAGGGUGAAGAGGCAUUCAGGAAAACAAGGGUGCCACCAUGGACAAAUCAAAUAACAGUGAGAUCAGUGGUGACAAGCUUUGUCCUAAGUGUGAUUUUCAUCUUCAUUGUGUGCAAGCUCAACUUCACAACAGGGAUCAUACCAUCCCUCAAUGUAGCUGCAGGCUUGUUGGGGUUUGCAGUGAUCAAAUCCUACACUACACUCCUCAACAAGUGUGGCCUUCUCAAACAACCCUUCACUCGCCAAGAGAACACUGUCAUCCAAACUUUCGUUGUUGCGUCUUCUGGAAUCGCAUUCAGCAGUGGAACUGGAAGUUAUCUACUUGGGAUGAGCCCAUACAUUGCUUCUCAAGUUACUGAGGGCAACACACCAAUCAAUACAAAGAAACUCUCCCUUGGUUGGAUGUUUGGUUUUCUCUUUGUUGUUAGCUUUGUGGGUCUCUUUUCCAUUGUGCCUCUAAGAAAGCUGAUGAUUUUGAAGUACAAACUAACAUACCCGAGUGGAACUGCCACGGCACUUCUUGUCAAUAGCUUACACACACCCAAAGGAGCAAAGCUAGCAAAAAAACAGGUUGCUUUGCUCUUCAAAAGCUUUUGUGGAAGCUUUACAUUUGCUUUUUUCCAGUGGUUUGUCACUGCAGGAGAUGGUUGUGGGUUCAGCACUUUCCCCACUUUUGGUAUCCAGGCUUACAGUAAAAGGUUCUACUUUGAUUUCUCAUCUACCUAUGUUGGAGUUGGAAUGAUUUGCCCCUACUUGAUCAAUGUAUCUUUGCUUCUCGGAGCUAUAAUUUCAUGGGGUAUUCUAUGGCCCUGGAUUGAGCAGAAGAAAGGAAUCUGGUAUAGCGCAGAGCUACCUGCUAGCAGUCUAAGUGGCCUCCAAGGAUAUAGGGUCUUCACAGCAAUAGCUAUGAUGCUUGGUGACGGUCUUUACCAUUGCAUCAGCAUGCUAUUACGAGUUGCCUAUAGUCUUGCCUCCCAAUAUGUUAAGUCAAAAGGGUCAUCAUCCUCUGUAAAGCCUGAAGAUGUUGAUCAAAACUCAAGUGAUGAUAACGUCGACACUCAACGUCGAACCGAGUAUUUCUUGAAAGAUGAGAUACCCUCUUGGGUUGCAAUCACUGGCUACAUUAUCCUUGCAGUUAUUUCCAUCAUAACCGUGUCACAAAUCUUUCCUCAACUGAAAUGGUACCAUGUACUCAUAUCUUACCUUAUUGCUCCUGUCCUUGCCUUUUGUAAUGCCUAUGGAUGUGGCCUCACUGAUUGGUCUUUGGCAUCAAACUAUGGCAAAGUUGCCAUCAUUAUAUUCAGUUCAUGGGUUGGCCUAGCCAACGGAGGCAUAAUUGCUGGCCUUGUAUCAUGUGGUGUCAUGAUGAGCAUUGUUUCAACAGCUUCUGAUUUGAUGCAAGACUUCAAAACGGGGUAUCUCACCCUUGCAUCUCCUAGGUCCAUGUUCAUGAGCCAAGUUUUGGGGACAGCCACGGGUUGCUUUAUGUCUCCUUUGAUCUUUUGGUUCUUCCACAAGGCCUACACAAUCGGUGACCCUCUAGGCUCUUACCCUGCACCCUAUGGAGAAGUGUACCGUGGGAUGGCCCUUAUUGGAGCAAAGGGUUUCUCUUCUCUUCCCAAACACUGUCUUCAACUAGCCAUCACGUUCUUUUGCUUGGCUGUGUUUAUUAACAUAGUGCAUGAUUUGUUGGUGCAAUAUGAGACCAAGUAUAGGAUACAUAGGUUUGUUCCAAACCCCAUGGCCGUGGCCAUUCCAUUCUAUCUUGGUGGGUAUUUUGCUAUUGACAUGUGUGUUGGGAGCUUGAUAUUGUUUUUAUGGGAGAAAAAGAACAAACACAAAGCAAAGGAUUAUGCUCCUGCCUUGGCAUCUGGACUCAUAUGUGGUGAUUCUUUGUGGAGUGUUCCUGCUGCUAUACUGUCUCUUGCUGGAGCCAACCCUCCAAUUUGCAUGAAGUUCUUAUCUAGUGCUGUCAAUAAGAAGGUUGACACCUUCUUGAGUGGUGGUUCUUGAUGCUGCUUUCAUUGGAUGAUGAUGUUUGUUUGAAGUAAAGGGAAGUUCCAAUAUUGUGUAUGGAUUUCUUAUUACAUAAUUUCUCUUUUAUCAAUAAAAAUUAUGGAAGAUCAGAUGAACCAGGAAAAGAAGACCAGAUGAAUAAAAAUUAUGGAGACUUGGGUUUGUAAA